UUUGAGAGUUCUUUACUCAAACAACGUUUUCCAAUAUUUGAAGAUGGGUAGAAAGAAGUUUCGAGGUGGUCGCAAAGGCGCAUCCAAUCGCGCUCCUCGCGGGGACGCUCCUGUCCCGUAUCGAUCAUACAGUGAUAUUAUAAAAGAGAAUAAAAACUUGGAGAAGUACUACAAUUCCGCGCUACCUAUCGAUGAUUCGGAGAGAUCUGAAUUCUGGGAUGCUCUAAAGAGAGAACUCCCCAAUUCCUUCCGCUUUUGUGGAUCUAAAGGUCAUGCCCUCGCUGUCAAACGACUUCUCGAGACAAGAUACGUCCCCGAAAUCGUCACGAUUGAGCGCUACGAUGGCGAACCUGUACAGGCUCCUCAGCCGGUUACAUGGUACCCUGACCAACUCGCCUAUUCUAUGAACACCCCAAAGCAUGUCAUCCGCAAGUUCCCACCUUUUGCCGCCUUUCAGAAGUUCUUGGUCUCCGAGACUAGUGUCGGCAAUAUAAGUAGACAGGAGGUUGUUAGCAUGAUCCCUCCAUUGCUGAUGGAUGUCGAGCCUGGAAUGACGGUUUUGGAUCUAUGUGCGGCACCUGGAAGCAAAGCCGCCCAGUUACUCGAGAUGGUCCACUCCGGGGAGGAGGGUAGAAUUCGGAAAUUCAUGCAAUCGUUCGGCGAUGCCAAGCCGCAGGCUGGCAAUGAAGAAGAUGUUGAUCUUUCGGUAGAUGCUGGCGAUGAUGGCCGUGCGACUGGACUGCUCAUUGCCAAUGAUGCAGAUUAUAAGAGGAGUCACAUGCUCGUCCACCAGCUUAAGCGACUUUCUUCCCCAAACAUGCUCGUCACAAAUCACGACGCAACUCUUUACCCAGCCAUCAAACUACCACGAGACCCAAACCGUCCCGAGAAAGGCCAAUACCUAAGAUUCGACAGAAUUCUCGCAGAUGUACCUUGUUCGGGUGAUGGAACGCUGAGAAAGAACGUCAACUUAUGGAAGGAUUGGCAGCCGGGUAAUGCACUAGGGCUCCAUGUUACACAAGUUCGGAUCCUAGUCCGCGCCCUUCAGAUGCUGAAAGUCGGUGGCAGAGUUGUCUACUCAACCUGCAGCAUGAACCCCGUCGAGAACGAAGCUGUAGUCGUCUCCGCGAUCGAACGCUGCGGAGGCCCCGACAAGAUUGAUAUUAUCGACUGCAAAGAAAGACUUCCCGGGCUCAAGCGAAGCCCUGGAAUGCACCAAUGGCAGAUUAUCGAUAAAUCUGGCCGUAUCUGGAGUAGUUGGGAGGAGGUACAACACCAUGUCUUGACAACUGAAAGUCAGUUACCCGGCAAACUCUCGGAAACGAUGUUUGCUAGGCCAGACACUAGCGAUUGUUCCACUCUCCCGUUAGAUCGUUGCAUGCGAGUCUACGCUCAUCAGCAAGACACAGGCGGAUUUUUCAUCACGGUGCUAGAGAAGAAGGAGGAAUUUAGAGCCAAACCAGAGACGAAGACCCGGGUCCCGAACACGGCGACCGGUGUCAAUGUUGUCGAAGAGGCUGAUGCUGAGAUCAAGAUGGAAGUUGAAGAAGAAAAGGCCGCGCUGGGUGAGCCGACUGACGUUAUCCCGACAGUAGGAUCCAAGAGGACUUUAGAGGAUGAUGAGGCGGAGACGAAACCCGACGCCAAGAAACAAAAGACUGAAUCUCCCCCUGCCGAAAAACUCGAGGCUGAAGCUCCUGCUGAGACUGAACAGCCUCCAGCAGACACUCCCUUGGAAACUUCUUUGGAAACUAAGACAGAGGAAGUCAAACCGAAGACGGAGGCCACUCCCAAGAAUGGUGCUCAACCUGAUAAACGAGUUAAACCGUCGGAUGGAAACUAUGAGGAGCCCUUCAAAUACUUACCACCGGAUCACACUGUCAUCCAAGAUAUUCAGAAAUUCUACAAGAUAUCAUCUCGUUUCCCCGCGGACCGUUUCAUGGUACGAAACGCUACUGGUGAGCCUGCAAAGGCCAUCUACUACACGAGUGCUCUACUUAGAGAUAUCCUCACCGAAAACGAGGGUCGUGGCGUCAAAUUCGUGCAUGGAGGCGUCAAGAUGUUCAUGAAGCAAGAUGCACCGUCUGCCGAGGUUUGCAGAUGGCGGAUACAAUCGGAAGGCAUGCCCAUCAUCGAAGGAUAUGUCGGACCUGACCGUAUUAUACGGUUAACAAACAAGGAGACAUUCCACAAGCUUUUGAAAGAAAUGUUCCCUAAAUUCAUCGACGAAGAUUGGAAGAAAUUGAAUGAGAUUGGAGAACGCGCGAAAGAUAUCGGAAUGGGUUGCUGUCUACUUGUUAUCGAACCGGACGGAAGCGACCCCGAUUUCUCUGAGCGUAUGGUCCUCCCAUUGUGGAAGAGCUUCCAUUCCCUAAACCUUAUGCUCCCGAAGGAGGAUAGGUCCGCAAUGCUACUUCGUGUCUUCAAUGACACAUCCCCUGUCAUCAACCAGACGCUGAAGGAGGCAGCAAAGAAAGAAGCUGAGACCGCAGCUGCGGCUGUCGAUUCCGAAACAAAGGAUGAAACCUUGGAAGAUGCCCCGGUGGCCGAGGAAGCAAAUGGAGAAAACGAGGUAUCUGAGCAGCCAGAGGAGGCUGAGGCAGAAGCUGGACCGGCUACGGGAAGUGCCUAAGGAUAUGAUGAGCUGGUUGUGGAAUAGUACAUCAACGUUGGCAUUGCAUCCAUCCACCACACGAGUUCUACUUGAAAUAUGUCCACUCUCACUCGGACAUCGACCAUAACAGAUCACCAACACUACAACAGGCGUUCCAUGAGGGCAUACGAGGUAUUGGAAGGCGUGCUGAGAGAGGGGUUCAUGGCAAUUCUAAAGCGAUCCUUACAGUUACGGAACUGGAGAAAAACAGCGUGAGCUAAAAAUUGGGGAAGUUGGCAUUUUCAUUUGCUUUUAGGUCGUUAUACGGGUCGGCACUAGGUGUACAACAGAUCGCUUGAGCUUUUAUCAAUAGGUAUACAAAAAACUGCCCUUGGGGACAUCUACAUAUGUUUGUUAUCACUCCCCAUCUAGUAGCCCCACAGUCCAGUGUAUAAUUCUAUCGACACCUUGUCCGUGGAUAGCACUCACGGGUAUCGCAGCACAGUCGCUUAUCCACGCACCCUCAACCAUACUCGGAUGCGGCUCUCGCCGGUCCGUCACAGCGUCGAGGUACUCCUUCAGCCGCGCGUAGUUCUCCUGGGUUCCGGGCAAAUCGCCC